AUGGACUUACCUCACCAGCUCAAAGCCGUAACUCUCACUCACGUCCGGUACCGUCGCGGCGAUCAGCUCGGGCAUUUCCUCGCCUGGAUCUCUCUCGUCCCGGUCUUCAUCAGCCUCGGAGGAUUCGUCUCUCAUUUCCUCUUCCGGCGUGAACUUCAAGGGAUCUUCUUCGGUAUAGGUCUCGUGAUCUCGCAGGUCAUCAACGAGUUUAUCAAGACAUCCGUGGAGCAGGCUCGUCCUGAGACCUGCACGUUGCUCGAAGCCUGCGAUUCGCACGGAUGGCCUUCGAGCCACUCGCAGUUCAUGUUCUUCUUCGCGACGUAUUUCAGCCUUAUGGCGUGUAAAGGGAUCGGGUUCUGGUUCGGGAUGAAGAGCAGAUGGAUUCUCAAUCUCCUACAUUGGUCUCUAGCGGUUGUUACCAUGUACUCUAGGGUUUACUUAGGGUACCACACGGUGGCUCAGGUCUUCGCCGGGGCUUUGCUUGGGGCUAUUGUAGGUGCGGGUUGGUUCUGGGUGGUGAAUUCUGUGCUUUAUCCAUAUUUUCCGAUGAUUGAGGAGAGUUUGUUGGGGAGGUGGCUCUGUGUUAAGGACACUUCGCAUAUUCCUGAUGUGUUGAAGUUUGAAUAUGACAAUGCGAGAGCUGCAAGGAAGAAUAUGGAUGUUAAGUCCGAUUAA